CAACAAAUGUGGUGGGUGAACUUGGCUUUGGAGACGAAGUUGAAGAAAUGAAAUAUCCUAAACAUGUUGAAAGCCUAGCUGAUUUUCAUAUUGUGAAAAUUAGUUGUGGAAGUCUACAUGUUGCUGCUCUAAUUCGAGAUAGAAAGGUCAUCACUUGGGGUUGCAAUGAUGAAGGUGCAUUGGGUAGAGAUACAAAAAGUGAAGAUAAUGCAACCGAAAAGAAUGUGCCAGCAUUAGCUCAAGGUCUUGAUGAUGUGAUCAUUGUCAAAGUCGCUUGUGGUUCAAAUAUAAUGUUAGCUUUGUCUGAUCAAGGUCAAUUAUAUGCUUCCGGAAUAUUUAGAGAUAAUAACGGGAAUACUGGGUUUACCUUAGCAAUUAAAAAGCAAUCAAUAUUCGUGAAAUACGGUCCUACUUCUCACUUAAAAAUUGCAGACAUUGCCAUUGGAGAGAAUCACGUAUUAGUUUUGAUGACAAAUGAUUAUUUAUAUACUUUUGGAUGCAUAGAUUCUUAUCAGCUUGGAAGAAGAAUAUCGAUACGUAAGCGCAAUCGUUUAAUUUUAACUCCUAAGAAAAUAUCAAGCCGAAUUAAGAAAAUUUUUGCCAGAGGAAAUCACAGUUUUGAAAUCAAUGAAAAUGGAAUGAUAUUUACAUGGGGUCAAAAUGCUGAGGGUCAGUGUGGUAUUGAAUUGCCGAAUCCUAUUAUAACUCCAAUGAAGUUAGAAUUUUUCAAAAACUUGACCAGAGUGAACCAAAUUUCUGUAGGGCUUCACCAUACGUUGGUCCUUCUAGAAAAUAGUGAAGUUUAUAGUUACAGUAGUUCUAAAUAUGGACAACUAGGCAUUGAUAUUUCAGAAGAAAAUAGAAAGUUUCCUGUCCGAAUUAAUCUUAAUAAUUGCAAAAUUAUUGUGGCUGGAGAUCAUUAUUCUAUGGCUGUCAAUUUUGAAAAUAAGGUGUAUACUUGGGGCUUUGGUAAAACUUAUGCUCUCAGAAAUCAAAGUGAGAAUGACAAGUUAUUGCCAUUCGAACUUAAUGAAAAGUUUGGAGAAAUUUUCAAAAUUGAUGAAG